AAAAAGAAAAUGGCGCACAUAAGGACAGUGGGUUUUUUUUUAGAUCAAAAAUUUGAAUCAUUUGCAGUAUUACAAGACUUCAUAAAAGAUUACGAAUCACACAAUUUUGUUCAAUUAUGGAAAAGAGAUUCAAGAACAAUUUCAGCGGCAAAAAAACGCCUUACCAAAGAGCUCAAAGAGUCUCUUGUGUACUACGAGCUGAAGUACUGCUGCAUUCAAGGUGGCGCCCAUUUCAAGUCAAGAGGACGAGGACUACGUAAUGCAUCGACAUUUAGACAAGAAUGUCCAGUUAAGAUUGCCCUACGUGCAUCAGAAGAUGGUCAGUACCUUCAAGUGAAAAGUCUGAACAUGGAACACAAUCAUGAUGUUUGCCAGGAGCUGUACAACCAUCUACCUAGUCAGAGAAAACUGCCAGAGGAGACUCAAAAAGAAGCAGAACAUAUGCUGAAAUUGAAGGCUGACAGGAAACUGAUUAAGAAUCAGCUUUCUAGACAGAGUGGGCGAAUUGUCCUUUUUAAGGACCUUUCUAACAUUCGUGAUAGGAUGAAGAAAGGAGAAACCAGAAACGACCUGGAUAGCUUUGUUCGAGAGUUGCAAGAGAAAUACGGAGCUACUGUCGACAUUUUUCACUGAUGAUCAAAAAGUUCUGAAAAGGUAUCUUCUUCCAAGACCAAACAAAUGAUGGAUGCUUACAGAGCUUAUCCAGAGAUGAUAUCGGUUGAUGCGACAUAUAAGCUUUUGGAAAUUAGAAUGCCUGUUUAUUUGGUGCUAAACGAAGAUGCUAUGGGACAGAGUGAAAUUGUUGCCGUUUGUUUCUUAGCUGAAGAGGAUGCACCAAGUCUGAAGUUCUUUUUUGAUUCUUUUAAGAAGCGAAACCCAGAAUCGAGACGUGUUCGUGUGGUUAUGGCUGACAAAGACAUCCAAGAAAGGGAUGUUAUGAAGAGGUCAUUUAGUGGCGCUCAUAUUCUCAUAUGCCUGUUCCACACUAUGAGAAAGCUUUAAAGAGAAGUUUCAUGUGAGAAAUGGGCAUAUCUCCAGGACAGAGGCUUUUUUGUCUUGAACUGCUGCAGAAAAUUGCAUAUUCCAAAAACCGGAAUGAGUAUGCAGCUCUUCAUGCUCAGCUAGAAGCUGAUGCUCCUCUAUCCGUGGUUGACUACUUCACGCUAAACUGGCAUGCUAUUCGAGAUGAAUGGGUGAUGGCAUGAACUUUCAGACUGGGAACUUCUUAAUACCACAAACAACCGGUUAGAAAGUUUAAACGCAAAGCUGAAGUCGAUCAUCAGUAGAUACAGCAGCUUAGAAGAAUUCCUAGAUAAGUUCUAUGUCAUCCUAACUGCUCUGCGCACAGAGAGAGACCACACAGCUGCAGUAGCUAUACAGAAAAGACGAGCCGCUCUAUUUCCACCUGGAUCUGCAGAGAUAGAAUUCUGCACUUUUCUAACUACGUACGCGGCAGACUAUGUGUGCAAGCAGCUGACAGCCAGCAGGAAAGCAGUUGAAUUUUCGAACGAAAAUGGCGACUACAUAUUAAAAUCAUCUGAAGGAAGUAUCGUAGUUGCAGUUGAUACUUGCAGCUGCAGUUUUCGUUCAUCGAUGCGCCUACCAUGCAGCAUAUAUUUUCUCUUAGAAUAUGCUUGACAUGCCUCUAUUUGACAAGAACUUGUGUGAUGCUCGUUUGGUCAGUUCAGCAUUACAAAGCAAAUAGCAGGCUUUUCAGCACGGACUAAUCAAGGGCCAAACAGAACAGUGACAUGUGUGGCAAUGGAAUCUACAGCACGCAGAAAGCCGUUUAGUCAGCACCAACAAUUUAGAAAAGCAAUGUCAGUUGCAACAAAGCUUGCAACUCUGACAUCAGAAGUUGCAGAAUACAGUUCGAAAGAAGGGUGGAAAAUGCUAGAACAUUUUAGUAAAAAUGCUGGAGGAAGGAAGAGAAGUUGGGCUUGAUGGAAAUAACUUCGACGCCACAUGAAUGGACUGAACCUGCGACUCCGCGACAUGUGUCACCUGUAGUUGAGCACGA